CUUCCUUCUAAGCUGAGAGAAGGUUGUCUCGUGGUUAAUGGAGACAUUAAACGGUUGUUUAAUGAAGAUCACAAUCACAGAAUGCAUGUUUUCAACACAUUUUCCAUUUGUGCAGAAAAUAAAGACAGUGCCAAGCGGUAAGAGGUUUGGAGUCCUUUAUUGAAAAACAACAACACAACGCAGGACGGAUUCCACUCGUGUGGGACCCGUUACAAUGGUGCCGUGACCUUUUAAGGAUCCAUCUGAAGACCGACGUCUGCUCGCUCGCCGUGGAAGCUGCAUGGACUGGUUUUAGGUACUUUUCAAAGACAAAAGGACUAUUUUAUAUAAAGUGAGGUGGACUAUAUACAUUUUUUUUCUCUCACAGAAGACAUUUUCGAACUGAAUUCAGACUCUUGAAAUAUACAUUUGCUGACUGGUUACUGUUAUUGAUUGCCUUUGUUCAGUACAAUAUUUCAGUUCAUUUAUUGAUUUAAAUUUGAAGAUAAUUAAUUGGUACAAUACAGCAAUAUGGCAGAAGGCGUUAAUAGCUUUGCUGAAGAGAUGAAGGACAAUGAGGUGUUUGACCAAAGUAUCCAGUUUGGUAGGGGAAGGGAUUUUUCAGAAUACCUUCUAAACCUAGGAUGCCAGGGCCUACUAGCAGAGCAUUUGAUACACCUGUUUUGACUUCUACAAGAUAUGUUGAUCGUGCCAUGCCAUCUCCGAUUAACCAAAAUCCAGAUUUGAGUUCACUCAUCAGUGAAAUAGCUAAAAAAUUAGGACAGUCUAUUACUGCUCAGCUACGUUCUGAUAACAGUACAAACCGUAGUAAUUCUGAACAGCCAGCUGAGAUGACGCUGUCUAAUGUCAAACUAGUGAUGCAGUCAGAUGUAAAAGAGUCACCAAUAUUUAGGGGCGAUGGUUCAGAUAAACUAACUGUACAAGAGUGGGAAAAUAUUAUGUCCCUGUAUCUGAGAAAACGUGCUAUUCUGAUUGAUGAGCAGUCACAAGAAAUAUUGGAUAGGCUAAUGGGGAAAGCAGGUGAUGUAGUGAAAAUUAAAUUGCGUAAUAACACAUCUGCUGACUGCACCAGUAAACCUCGCUUGAUCUUUGACAUUUUAAAACAGCAUUUCAGCACCAUCUCCUAUUCUAGUAUGCCCCUAGCCGAUUUUUACAAUACUUUACCGAUGCCAUCUAAAGAUGCAAUGGAGUAUUGGAUCCGGCUGAACAAGACAAUGGAUGUUGCCAAGGAAUGCCUGGAAAGACGAGGUCGGCUCGUUUGUGAUCCAAGUCAUGAAAUCAGCAUGAUGCUUAUCCAGCAUUGCCCAGAUAAGUCUCUUUCUAAUGUCUUCAAAUUCAAAUCAGCAGAGAAAUGGUCAGCUGGUGAGAUACAGGAGAGACUUGAUGAACAUAUGCAAGAGAGGAAAGCUAGGACCUUCAGUAAUUUACGCAGUUUGAAUAUAACUGAACAUAGAGCUUGCACUCAGAGUCCUGAUGUUGUUGAGACAGUUGCUUCUAACGCCUGUUUCACACCGCAAGCGUCAGCGGCGCUCUGGCAGUGA